AUGGAGCUCAAAGAAAAUGAUCCAACGCUUUCCAGAUUAAGAUCAGCCUGUGAUGAUCUCAAAAAACUUGUUCAUACCUCGGUUAGUGUAGAUGCAAGCUUAGAAGAAGCGGAUAAGAAAUUUGUUGUGAUGCAUGAAUCUCUAAGUAUGGCAUCAAAAAGAGUUGCUCCUUUACAAACACUUUCAAUUGCUAACAAAGCUCUUGAUACCAGAAUAAAUCGAGCAAUUUCUCCUGCUCUUGCCCUUCUUCAAAGCUUCAAACUCUCCGAGUCCCUGCAACGUAAGCUCCUUGAGCUUGCCGCGAAAUUAUCUAAUGAAACGGUACGGAAGAAGAGGCUUAAGAAAUUGAUCAAGUACGUGGAGUGUGUGGAAAAAUUGAACGGGUCGAUCGAUUCUAUUAGUCAAGAGUGCGAGCCAGCAAUCCAGAAGUUGCAGGAAGUGGUGGAGUUUCUGAGUAGGACUAAGGCCACAGAUCAGUACAGGACGCAGCAACUUAAGGAAACUUUGAUCACUCUAAAGGCUCUUUAUGAGACAGAGGUUGAUGCAAUGAAGUUUGAUGGUUUGCUUGAUGAGGCUUUACUGAAUCUGCAAGAUGAAUAUGAAAGCUUGUUGCUGCAGCUAAGGCAUGAGGAUAUAGGCCAAGCAGAGAAGGAUGAUGUGCAGGAGAUUGUGCCUACAGUGUUGGGCAGUGAGCUGGAAAUUGAAGUUCUUGAACGAAUUUCAAGGACCCUGGCUUCCAAUGACUGUAUGGAUAUAUGCAUCGAUAUCUAUGUGAAGGCAAGAUAUAGAAGAGCAGCCAAAGCAUUGAUGAGACUGAAUCCAGAUUACCUGAGGACUUACACUCCCGAAGAAAUUGAUGAGAUAGAAUGGGAGAACCUAGAGACAGCAAUAUCCCUUUGGAUCCAACACUUUGGACUGGCAGUGAAAUCUGUUCUUGUAUCAGAGAAGAAUCUCUGCAGUCAAGUACUAAGAAGCAUUAUGGAGGGAGUUAUAUGGCCUGAAUGCUUCACCAAGAUUGCUGACAAGAUCAUGGCUGUCUUCUUUCGGUUUGGUGAAGGGGUUGCGAGAUGCAAUAAAGAACCACAGAAGCUAUUCAAGCUCCUAGACAUGUUUCAUUCCUUGGAAAAACUAAAACCUGAAUUCUCAGAGACUUUUGAUGGUGAAGCUGGUGCUGAUAUCUGUGAUAGAUUCCGAGAACUUGAAAAACUUUUAGUUCAUGCUUCAACAAAAGUCUUUUGGGAAUUUGGCCUUCAAAUUGAAGGUAACCAAGACGGUCUACCUCCACCACUAGAUGGCUCAGUUCCAAAAUUAGUUCGAUAUGCCAUUAACUAUCUCAAAUACUUGGCAUCAGAAAUUUACAGUAAACCCAUGGCUCAGGUAUUCAGGAUUGAGCAAUCAUGGAAAGCUGGCAUUCUUUCAAAGCCAGAAACAGACGAGAACUUACUCAGAGAUGCUAUUGCCAAUGUCAUGGAAGCGAUCCAGAGGAACAUUGAGUCAAAGCGAUUACGUUACAAGGAUAAAUCACUUUCCAAUGUAUUCGUCAUGAAUACUUACUGGUAUGUUUACAUGAGGACAAGAAAUACUGAACUUGGGAAGCUUCUGGGAGACCAGUACAUGAAAAGGCAGUACAAAAUCGUUGCAGAAGAGUCCGCAUAUUUGUAUCAAAAGCAAACUUGGGGAGCUUUAGUGAGACUACUUGAUAAAGAAGAACUCAACAGAGUUAACAAGGAUGGUAUUGGAGCCGUUGCAAGGGGGAAGAUGGAGGCCUUCAUGAAAGGAUUUGACGAGAUGCUGCAAAAGCAUAGAAGUUUGUACAACAUUCCAGAUGCAGACUUGAGAGACCAAAUGGGAGAUGCAACCAUCAAGCUUGUAGUUCCUGUAUAUGAAGAGUUCUUGAGCACUUAUUCUUCUGUUUUACAGGCCAAAUCCUAUCUAUCUCCGAAGACAGUCAAAGGAUUGUUAGGACAAAUCUUUGAGGGUGGCAACCAGCAAAUGGGUACCGGGAGAUCAUCUCUCCGGCAGCGCGAUCAAAGAGAUUAUAUAGGUGGAAGGCUGUCAGUCUCACUCGAGAAUUCUCGUGAGACGAAAGUUGGAAGGCCAUCAGUCUCACUAGAGAAUUCUCGCGAGAUGAAAGGCUAUAGCCGCUCCAGAUCAAACAGCAGUGCCGUGUGA